CAUGAAUUCCAAGAUUGCAGCAGGUUUUCUCUCGAGCGGGAAAAUGGAAACGGGCUGCGUCGAGUGUUUGUUAUGAAGAUAUUUACAAACAGUGGAGCCAUUUAACGCAGUCUUCGUGUUUUUAGUUUAGUGUUUUAAUCAGCCCACACUUUUAAGUAAUGCUGCUAUGUGUGGGUGGUAAAACUAGCUGGUUUAGCCGGGUUUAGGGCUGUAACCGUUAAAACUAGAAGCUCCAUGAUGAAGCACGAAUCUUUCUCCAGGUGUAAAGACCGAGAUUCAAAACUAGAGGGACAUAAUAGUGCAUCAUCUAAAAGCAAAAUUAAACCAGCAUGUGAUGCUCUUCACAACAAACCCUUUAAAGGGAGAAUAUUUUACUUGGAUCUGCCAUGGAAUAUGAAAACGCAACUCUUGGAAAAUGACAUCAAAACACUUGGAGGUACAGUGGAAAAGUUCUUCAGUAAGGAGAUCAAGUAUCUUGUGUCCAGUAAGCCGGAGGCUCGUUAUGCCCAGCGUCUCCUGCCGGACUCCCCAGCGCCCAGUCCGGAUUCUGGCGUCAGCUCUCCUCAUCCCAGCAGCAGGAGAGAAAGCCACGGGCACAGGGGCAGCUCUCAGGGAGUCACAGAUACGGCGGCUAUAAGUCGAGGCAAAUCUCUUGUGGAAAGAGUCGUUAAGGAACAAGAACGGGUUCAGAUGAAUGGGAUCCUGGCCAAUGCUGUGGAAUGGGGGGUCAAAGUCCUGCAUGUUGACGAUGUUAUUUCUUACGUUGACAAGAAGAAAGCAAAAGUCAUUGCAGUGAAUGCAGCUAAUCCAGUGGUUAAAGGAGCUGCCAGCAUUCAGCACACAGAGAAAAAUACAUAUCAAAGACACAAUGCUGGAAGAAUUCGUCGACCGUUUGUGAAAGUGGAAGACUCAAGCAGGCAUUAUCGUCCUAUCUACCUUCCCGUGUCCAACAUGCCUGUGUGCAACCUCCGCUCUCUUCCACCCUGCAGUCCGUUCCUAGUGGAGGAACAUGGAAAAGAUGAUACGAAGAAGAAACAGAAAGAGCAAAGGUCUGGAGGGGAUCGAGGGAAGAAAGAGAGGCGCAGAGAAAAGAGGAAGGGAGGAUACUGUGAGUGCUGUGAGAUCAAAUUUGACAACCUAAAAGCGCAUUUGGAGAGUAAGCUGCAUCAGGCAUUCUCAAAGAGUGAGGAGUACAGAGUUGUGGAUCGAGUCACUGCGGGACUGACCUGUGACCUCAUGAACAUCAGCACACACUGCAGAAGGGUGAAAUGCAGUAUGUCAACCCCUCUUCUGUGUGCUGGAGCCAUGUUGCCAGUAAAGGAAGAUGUGAGAUCUGUGAAUGGUGAUUGGAAACAGAAAAGCGAAGGGUCUUUGCUUUGGGACUCUACAGCAAAGCACUCUCUCUCAGAACAGACCACAGGAAAACCUCUUCUGGUUCGCAAACGCAGCAGGGGCCAGUGUGAAUUACCUUGUAGCAACAGGGACAGCUUGUUUGACCAGUCCGACAUUCCAGAGAAAUCCCAGUCCAAGCGUGGAUCCUUUGAGUGGGAAUUCCACUUGCGAUCUGCUGUGCGGAAAUCUGAAGGUGCAUCUUUUCUCAGCAGAGAGCAGAACUCUGACUCGAAUGCACUUGAAUGCAGGACAGAACAACAGACCUGGACAAACCCUGACACGCACCCAGCUCAAGAGUUCAGUGAAACAAACCGAGAAACAGUAACUGGAAAUAAAUACUUAAGGACUACCUGCAGUGAAAUUUAUAUGCAAAGUAUGCCUGAAAAUCAAGUUGAAAAUUCAGCUCUUUGCCCUUUGGCCAGCACAGAACCCGAACCGGACCGUGACAGCCCGUCUAAUUCACUGCAACGGAAGGUUCGGAAUGUCAGACCCAGAAGAAGAAAGCAAAUACCAGCCCUGCACAUUGAAUCCAGUAAAGAGAGAGAAUCAUUGAGCUCUCUUUCAACUGUUAAACCUGUACAGGAGUGUGAGAGCCCACCAGUGUCUGUCCCAGACCUGUGGCAUCUCUUUCAGUCCAGUGACAACAUGGAUGAAGACUUUAAGGGUUUUUGAGAUUAAUGCUGAUGAGAGAAAUUGAGGAGUGGAGAACACUUAUGUAUGUGUAAUAAAGGUCAUUACUAUACCAAAUAAUAUAUAUUAAUAGAUCUGUGAUUUCUUCCAUCAGUAGAAUGGAAAACUGCAUUCUCACCAUACAGGCUUUAAAAGAAAACUUUGAUUAUAGACUGGACUACUGACUAUAUAUAGGGAGCAAUGAGUGGAGCUACACAGUAAGUACAUUAAUGUUGUGUAUGUAAUUGAAGGUCUUGAAUGUCUUGAAAUGAUUUCCUGAUUCCUGUAUUAAAUUGAAAAUAUUUUUUACA